AUGUAUUUUGAUCCGUUCGAACCGAUACGUGAGGAAACUCCAGAUGAUCUACUUCUCGCCGAGAACGAGUCACUGCGGGUGCGAGUGGCUGAAUUGGAGAAAACCGUCCACAGGCAGCAAAGCGAACUUAUGUUAUUACAAACCACGUCGGCGGAUCUGUUGCGUCGCUUAGCAAAGCUUGAAUCAAUCACGGCUCAAAAUAAUAAUGCUAUCUCGAAUGGUUUCAAAGCAUCGCCGAAACCUCGGGCAUUACCAAAGAGUGUGUCAAGAUCCUCAUACAAUCUAUCAGAAGCAACUAGCCCAACCAGUAGUAGCCACCUUUCGCGAAGUCUCCAUGCCACCGGCUCUAGAGGUGACCGCAUAGAAGAGUGUCCUCCUUUGGAUACAUCUACAUCGUCCUCCAGUGGUCUCGCUAGCACUCUAAUCAACGUUUCUGUUGGAAAAAGCGUGAGAGGAUCACCUCUUCGAAAGUGGAUGUCACAUCAAAAUGUCAAAGGGUCGCCGUCAUCCAUGAGUAUUGUUUCUGAAUGCACUACUAAUGGGCGAACAACGCCUUCCAUCAUAUCAGGCUCUCCACAUCAUUCAACUUGGACUGUCUCUCGUGGCAUCUCCAGAAGCGAAUCGGUUUCUACUCUUUAUACUUCGCCGAGACUUCGGACGAACAGCGGAUGCAACAGCCGAGAGCCGAUUUUCAAUGCGUCUUCGCAUGUAUUACAACUGCAAGUUACUGGACGAACGGUAACAGUUCCAGUCCCAACAUCUGUGGAGAAUUUUGAUCCGCUUCCAACCCAAUCGGCUCCCCAGUCUCUGCCGCCUCGGCUGGAAUGGGCUUAUGGUUAUCGAGGUAAAGACGUGCGCAACAACGUGCAUCAUCUGCCGACAGGAGAGUUGCUGUACUUUUCCGGUUCAGUAGUUGUGUUACAUAAUGUAGAGGACCAUACGCAGCGGCAUUAUACGGACCAUACUAGCGAUAUUAGGAGCGUAUGCGUCCAUCCAAAUCGAGUCAUAGUAGCAAGUGGACAGACAACUCGACAUCAGCGAGAACGUUACCCUGAUCUCGAGCUGCGCGACCCGUACGUGAGCGUUCCCGAUCUCGAAUCCGAUCUGGAAAAUGCUUUAACGGAGGCUCAUGUGCGUAUCUGGGACAGCGUGACUCUAUCCACUCUGAAGAUUUUGUCAGGAUCGAAAGCAAUGUUUGAAAAAGCUAUGUCAUGUCUAGCCUUCUCCGUCGCAGACGGUGGUAAUCUACUUGCUUGUGUCGACGACUCCUACCAACACACUCUUUCGAUAUGGAACUGGGCGAGCGAAACAAAAGUGGCUACAGCCAAAGGAGCGAACGAUCAAGUGUUUUCGAUUGGCUGGCAUCCAAGUCUGAAAAAUAUUCUGGUACUCUGCGGCAAAGGACAUUUCUCGUUUUGGGGACUCGAUUUGAAGCACGAGACCAUCAUCAAGAAUUCGGCAAUUUUCGAAGGUAAGGAUAAGCCCAAAACGGUGCUAUCCAUGUGCUUCGCUGGAAGUGGUGAUGUGAUCACGGGUGACUCAAACGGGACCCUAACACUCUGGGAUCCUACCACAUAUAAAGCAAAAAAGCAGGCGCAUGUAGUACAUCAUGGCGGUGUAUUUGCACUAUGCAUCAGCAAAAAAGGUACGCUACUCAGUGCUGGUAAGGAUAGGACCAUUGCUGAAUGGGAGACUACGGAUUUAGUGCGUAGGCGAAGACCUGUUGAGCUACCAGAUGAUGCUGGGGUUCCACGUGUACUCUUAAACCCAGUAGGUGAUAAGAUCAUCGUAGGAACAUCGCGGAACACGCUCUAUUCUGGUGACUUCGAGACUGGCUUUGAGGAAAUAGUAGAUCCAACUAUUCAUAAUGUUGAGAAAUUCCAAACAAUUCUUGCUUUUCCGGGUGAUGCGGAAGACGUGACUUCUUGUGUGGCUUUGAAACCGAACCACUUUGUGACAACGAGUGCUGAUGGUUGCCUUCGAUGUUACAACUCAUCCACUAAGCGUAGGGAAUGGCGACGAACGCUAGGAGAAAGCGUCACGUGUGCAUCAGUAAACCCAUCCGGUUCACUUUUGGCUCUCGGUUUUGCCACGGGUACAUGGAAAGUGAUGGACCUGUCGUCGAUGGAAAUUGUAUUCGAGCAGACAGGCUCAUCUCAAGCUGUGACCGCGAUUCAGUUCGCGCCAAGCGGUGAUCUAAUAUUCGUGGCCACAAAAGAGUUGUUUGCCACAAUUUUCCGUUUUGAAACUCCGCAACGUCUCUAUCAAACAGCAAGGAUAGGCCCACUGUCGUCAUUCGCCAUCUUCCCAGACUGGGACGUGAACUCACAGUAUAUCCGAGCAAACUCUACAAUAGGACACAUUUAUCACUGGUCGGCCAUUAAUGGGGAAUUAGUGGACCAUGCCACUGUUCGCGAUGUCGAAUGGGUUACUGGAAACUGUAGGAUAUCAUAUGAGGCAGGAUACAUUGCACAUGCAGUUGAAGGUAUUACAAUAGUUUGUCGGUCGCCGUCCAAAGACUUACUGGUUGUUGGGCGAGACAAUGGUUCAGUCAGGCUUUAUGACUGUCCUGUACAAAGUACAAAGGCUGGUUUUCAUGCUCUAUGUGGGCACACCCAUGCGAUCGCCGGCCUCGCUUAUGUUGGGAAUGAUCUGGUCACAGCUGGAAUCAUUGACAGUUCCAUAUUCCAAUGGCAUUCUUGAUCAAUUUUAUCCUCUGUACAUUUGUAUGAAUGCUUUACUGUCC